GUAGUUGGCCGCCACCUAUUGAGGUUCAGAUGAAACAUCUCGGUUGUUCCGCGUCUGUCAGAGUGGAGUGAAUUUUGUUUUGGUGGUGGGUUUGGUUCGAAAAGCCGCGGAAUUCGUGUGCAUACUGCAUAAAUCUCAUAGAAGAGAAGCGUUGUACUUUGAAGGCAAGAAUAAUCAUUAAUCUUUCGCCGUUCUUGACAGUGGUUUACUGCCAAUUCGCAAAUGAAAAUCCUUUGGAUUAUUGUGCUGUUCGGCUUCUUGGCCGCGGCAGUGGAAGCAAAGAGAAAGAGAAAAUUCGAAGGUGAUUUCGAAUUUGCUGAAGAGGAUGAAUCCCGGAAUGUGGGGGGUAGCAGUGGGGCACUGAAAGUGGCCGAGAAGAAGAGAUGGAUCCAUGACCCAAACAGUGAUUUGUGCCAUCCUCUCAACUGCAAGAAGAAGGAACUGUGUCUUCUGGAGGACGCUUUUACUGCCGUGUGCGUGAGCAAGAAGGAGCUGCACAAGAAUGGAGACGUGGUGAUUCCCAAGUCCAAGUUCCUGGCUGAGGAAGAGGCGAAGAGGAAGGCAGCUGCAGCAGCAGCCGCGGCGGCGGCAGACAGUCAUGAGGAUGAUGACGGAGAUGAUGACGUCUUCUACGACAGCGAGGAUGACCAGGAUGAUGACGAUGAUAGUAGCGACCCCGUUUCGAGAUGUAAUCCUUGUCCUGUUGUGAAGCCGACCUUCCUGUGUGGUACAGAUAAUAGAACAUAUAGUUCAUUAUGUCGCCUGGACUACCACAACUGCAUCCACCACACAGUAAUCCGUGUUGGCUGCAAAGGAUUUUGUCCGUGCAAAGAUGGUGAACUCCACAUGCGAAAGAAACAGCGCCAGUCAGAGAAACUGAACAGCCUGAUGAACAAAUACAAGCUUACUGCUGAGAAGGAAAAGAAACAACAGCAGCAACAACAGCAGCAGCUCAGCAAGAACAACGGCAACAAACCCAUCAGAGUGCCGCAGGACAAGUACACCUUCACACCCGAGGAUUUCAAAUAUGAAAACAAACACUACAAGUAUAUCAAAUACACAAAGUAUAAUAAGGACCUGUAUGCUGCUACAAACCCUCCGUACUCAGAUGACAAGGACCGUCAGAGGGGAUAUAAUGAGGUGUUAGACACAAAACCUUCCAUUAACCACCUCUCAUCCAACUCUUGGAGCAAGGAGUGCUCUCCUUCUGCACUGCAAGCCAUGGGCAACCGUCUGCUGGACUGGUUUUCUGUUGUCAUGGCUGAAGCAAAGCGUCGUCGCACCCACAACAAAGGGAAAGCUCACUUCCCUGGCUCAUGCAAAAGUGAGGUGCGAUGGAUGUUCCAACACCUGGAUUUGGAUGCAGAUGACCAGCUCUCUUUGCAAGAGCUGUAUGAUUUAGAGCAUGAUCAAAGUGAGAAAUGCAUCAAGCCAUUCCUUGAUGCUUGUGAUGCUAACCAUGACAUCUUUGUGUCACCACAUGAAUGGUGCCGCUGCUUUGAGAAGACAGACCGACCCUGUGCUGCUGUCAAAAGAAGGAUAAGUCCAGACCUUCUUGGGGUGUACAUUCCGGAUUGCGAUGAUGAGGGUUACUACCGUCCAACGCAGUGUCAUACCUCUGUGGGCAUGUGCUGGUGUGUGGAUAAGCAUGGUGUUGAAAUGGCCAAUUCACGCACACGUGGGAAACCUAACUGUGAAAAUUUAUUGGUGAAAAGUAGCAAGGUCUCCAAUGCCAGCUCCAAGAGUGACAAUAGUGACAACAGUGACAUUGAUGAUGAAGAUGAUGAUACAGAGCAGGACAUAGAAGGCAGUGCUGACCAACCACUCGAUUUCUAAACUCUCCACAGCGCCUCCAUCAGAAUUACAACCAAUGACAGAGCUCCAAUCAAUACAUGUCUGAUUGGGGGCCAACUCCUAUAGCCUGCAACUGGAGGAGAAGUUUACAUGACCAUCUUGCCUAGAAGAGGAAUUCAUAAUUAACUUCAUAACUUAAUUGCUUCAGAGACAAAGGAACAAUCCAGCAUAAAGACUUUAUUAAUUACACACAUAAAUAACACUGUUUGUCCUGUUGUCAUUCACUCCAUAUGGAAUAGAGCAGCAUUAACCUGAAUAUAGCAGCAGACAGGAAUCAGAGACAGAACCAUUGGGACGACUCAUUACUCACACUAAUAUUAAUGGUAAUACAUAUACUAAUGUUGAAAAUCAACUGCUUCACAAUAUGCACUACAGAUCAAGUCACGUUGAUUCUUAAGCCUUUCCAUGAGAUGAGCAUAUUUGUAGAUGUCACUAGAGACACCUAGUGUAAAGGAGACAAAGAGAAUGAUUUGCAGUGUUGGGUCUUACCACAUCUCAGUACUGUAUAGUUAGCACUAUAAUGUAUCUCUUAUUUUUUCUUUGUAAGUGGUAGUAUUCUAAAAAAAUUGGCAGCAUGGAGUUCUUUAACUCCAUUUGAUUUUCUUCCCAGAAGUUUUUGUGUGAUAGUUGUCCAUAAUAUGUCUGUAUUUUCUGCAUCAGUAAAUUAUGUAUUAAAAGCCUGGGGAAAAAAUAAGAUUUUUAGAAACUGAAUUAAUGUUUUUAAACAUAAAUAGAUUAUUAUGUGGUUAUUUAUUACUACAGAACCACCCUCUUUUCUUUGCCAGUGAUUAAAAUAAUGAGAAAGUGAAGUAAACCUACUGAAAUGUGUGAAGUUUGUACUAAUGCCUCCACACUGUUGUGUAGCAUUUGUAACAUGCACCUUACAGUGCACAGAAAAUGCUUUAAACAACAAACAUUCCUUUGACCACUCUAAUGAGAACCCAAUUUCUUACUUCAAAUCAGCUGAGAGAUGAGAUUUAACAAGGGACAUUUUGACAAAAGAUGAAUGAUAUACAUAGUACACAACAUUCUGUACUCUAUUGCUAACCAAAGCAUCCCAUUAAAAAUGAAUGACUUAGGUGCAUAAAUACUGACGCAGUUUAUUACCCAUUUAGAGUUUUGGCUUAAAAUGUUUAUACAUAUAUAUAUAAAUAUAUAUUUAGUUGUAAGGUAGUAUGUCUUGUUGAGCUAUCUGCAUUGAUUUAUCUUUCUAUAUCAAGGAAUGGGGACUCUUAUUUAUUGAGUGAUAUUAAAAGCUUAUGUUUGUUAGCCAUUGCUCUAGACCGUCCAAUGCUUCACUCACACACUUAGCUUAGUCUGCUUAAUAAAUCUUCAUCCUGGAGAAUGUACAUAACAUCAUAUAUUAUUUCCAACACAGUGCAAUCACUGCAGUACAAGUAUUAUAUUCAAGUAUUUGCAACAGUAGUGCCAUGUCCCAUGCUCAAUUCUGCCAUAACCCCACUGUCUUUGGUAGUUACAGUCAUUGAGAGAAGUGGACAAAAUUAGAGAGAUUAUGUAAAAUAGUGCAAAUUUUAUAUUGUGUCACAUUCAUAUACUGUUCUCAAAAUAAAGGAAUGUUAUCUUUCCAGCUUUAUUUCGCUUGCAUACUUAAAAAAUACUUUUAUAUUUUAUCAAAGAACUGUUCAUGUUUGGGAUAGUCUUAUUUGAGAUGAGACCUAAUGAUACAGUACUUUGUAUUGACUAAAUAAAUUUGAGCAUAAUAUCAAGUGCAAAGUUUUCCAGCAGAAUACCAAAAAUAACUCACAGGAUGUGGGAUGUGCCAUUUUGAUUUUAGUUGGAUGCUGUGUUGCAUAACACCCUGUGGCUAGCUGUUUGAAUCCCUCAUUGCUAGCAACAAGCACAGAUUGUUUGCCAGAAGCUAUUCGUUAUCAUUGAGAUGUAAGUGUAUACUCAUUUUAACUAUAACAGUGUAUCAGUGUGCCCAGUUUUUAUAAGUAAUGUAACAUUUUAUUCGUGUGUCCUUUGUUUUCUUGGUCAGUAGAAAACAGUAAACUAAUGAUCAAUGUACUUUUGCUAACUGAACUGGUAGUUUUGGAGAAAGAGAUGCAUUCGGCAUAGACCAACAUUUGGUAGCAUGUUUUGUGUGAUUUUAUUGUUCAGAUACUGUAGAAACGGUGGGAAUUUUGGAAGUAGGAAUGUUUUAACUCGAGCAAUGCUGAACAAAUCCAUGUAAAUAAAUCCUAGACUUAUUUCUCUUUCUUCCAAUCAGUUUGGAAUCUCUUAAUGCCAAAGGCAAUUAGUUGCUUUCCUAAUGUAUCAAGUAGAAAAGGGAAAAUGGAAGAGGACGUAACUAUGGUAAAAUGUUGUAAAACAUAGAUAUUGUGUAAGUAAUUGAAAUAAAGUUGUAUACUAUUCCUCAUGCCCUUUUGUUCCCGUCUGCAAGACAUCUGUGAGACUGCGGUGUAUGUAUUGUUUAAUUGAUGUACUUUACAGGGACAAGAAAUUAAAAAAUACUUAAAAUUAUAUGAACACAUAUACGUAUGUAUGCAAAACUCUUUAUUUUAUAAUACAGAACAGGUAUAAUCUUAACUUCAUUUUCAGGUGGUUUAUGAAGAACAAUAAAUACUGUUUCUAGGAAUCUAUUCUGUAGAUGAACAAAAAAAUAUGGCAACUUGUGUGGCAAUAAAAUUAUCUAUAGAUUUUUCAGUCUUCACUCGUCCAAAAGGCUGAUUAUUAACUGGUGUAUAUGUUUUAAAAAAUUAUAAUUAAUAAAAAUAUUAAACAAUG